AUGUCGACUUCCCUGGAGGCUGCUGACUCGGACACAAUGGAUAUGAGUCUCCUCUUUCAGCCUCUCGAGGUGGGCGACGUAACCAUACCGAAUCGAAUCGGCAUGAGUGCGAUGUCUCGAAACCGCGCUGACCCAAAACGCAUGCCCAGCCACCUCAUGAAGAAAUACUAUCUUCAACGCGCAUUGGGUGGUGCGGGAUUAAUUAUCUCGGAGGCUACACUCAUUAGUCCACAUGGCGCGCAAUUUGACCGUUGUCCUGGCAUAUGGAAUUCCGAACAAGUCGCAGCCUGGAAGAAAAUCACCAAUGUCGUUCAUUUAGCCGGGAGUAAGAUGUAUUGUCAGUUAUGGCACUUGGGUCGCCUAAGUCAUCCUGAUCCUAAUGGGAUGGUCUACUCGCCCUCCGCCAUCCAGGCCUCGGGAGAAAAAUACUGUUUUCAUUAUCUUCUGGGAGAGCUAGACUUCGUUGUGCCCUCUGCGAUUGAAGACCCUUUUGUUCUUGUCAAACAAUUCAAAGAUGCUGCUGUUAACGCAAAAGCGGCUGGCUUUGAUGGCGUUGAGAUCCAUGGUGCAGCCGGCUUCCUCGUCCAUCAGUUCUUAGACACUUCUGCCAACAUUCGCACAGACGAAUGGGGUGGAAGUCCAGAGAAGCGCACGCGUUUCGCACUCGAGGUAUUGAAAGCUUGCAAGGAAGUUUUCGGGAUCAAUGUCAGCCUCAAAAUCAGUCCCGCUGGAGGAUUCAAUGACUCCGGAAUGCCGCUACAGGAGACUCUCGAUACGUAUCGUCACCUCGUCGCGGAGGUUGACAAACUGGGACUGUCUUACAUCUCGCUCUAUCGUCACAACGCACACAAAGACCCAAUUGUCGAUGGCAAACGUAGAGGAACGCCACACGAUCUCGUUGCUUCGUACGGACCUUAUAUCAAGCAGUCCAAGAUAUUUGUCGUCGGUGGGGUCACGCCAAUGGAAGCUGCUGAGCUUAUACGCACUGAACAAGUCGCGGGAGUCUUUUUUGGCAUGCCAUGGCUCUCACAUCCAGACCUCGCAAAAAGGAUCAAGCACGGGAAGAAUCUUGACAAUCUUGUCGCCAUGCCGUUCUUGUAUGGUGACACGCAGGCGGGGGUCGACCCUCGAGUGGGUUACACAGACUACCCGAGCGUGACCUAUUGA